UACAAUUAGUCCAUAAAUAUUAUUUCCUUGUCCUACCGGUAUUCCAUCAUUCAUACUAUAGACAUGGUGAGAGAGUAGACGUCCUGUGUGUGUGUGUCGCUCUGCAGAAAAUCUGAAAAACCUCCAGUAAUAAGUGGAAUUAAAUAAUUUGGUUAUUCUGCUCUGAAAGGUUAGUGGACACUAAAUCAAUAUGCCAUUGACACGAGAUCAAAUGGCCGAUGUUAGAUUAAUUAUAAAGCAAACCAUUGAAGAAUUGCUCAGUGAUGAUAAAUUCUUAACGCUUAUUUCUGAUAAAAUCGAACAGAAACUGGGUAUAAAGGAAUCUCAACAAAAAAUGGUCGAGCUAGAAAAACAAAUAAUGGACCUGAGACAUGCUAAGAAUAAGCUAGAGUGUGAUUUGGAAAAAUUUCAACAACAUGCACGUCGGAAAUCUUUUAGAAUAGUUGGCAUGAAGGAAUCACAUGGUACAAGUGUCCUGGAGCAGGUGCUUACCUUAUGCGAAGAUAACCUAAAAACUCGAGUUUUGGAAGAGAAUAUUGAAAAUUGUUUUUGGUUAGGAAGAAAGAAGAACGAACAGCGUUCUGUCUUGUUUACUGUAAAUUCUCAUAACCUGAAAAUGAAGCUUCUGAGAAACAGGAAGUUACUGAAAGGUUCAGGAAUAACUCUUACUGAAGAUAUGUCGCCUGCUCGAUAUAAACUGUAUCAAAAGGCCGUGCAGAAAUGGGGUAAGCAGAAGACCUGGUUUUAUAACGGAGAAAUAUGGGUGAAACUGCGAGAAAACAAGUUACAGAUAAAAACGGAAGAGGACUUGAAUAACAUGGCGCAGUAUUGUUCCCAUGUACUGUUCAGGUUGCUGCAGAGUGGACGUGAGCUUUUCAUUUUGGUUUAG